UCAAGGCUGAGUUUCAAGGGGCGCCCAAGUGGUAUAGAGGGGUUACAUGACCAAAGAUGUCAAGGUUCAUUUCCAAUCUGGAGGUCUUAUCGUUUCUUUUUCAUGGCAGACAAGACUAAUAAGUUACACUUCUCAGCUUUCAGUCACAACAGAACCCCGAUUCUUAGAGUUCAUAAGGAUGACAUUGUGCUGUAGGGAUACUUUAAACCGUACACUGUCACUCACUUAGGCUAUCAUAGAGACUUCAUAAACGCCUUACUGUUUCAAAAAGCUUUGAUUGGCUUUCAUUGAACGGUGACAGAACCCCGCUCAUCCAACUGCUUACCCUCCAUGAGCUUGAUACUCACUUUUUCGGUCAAUGCACACUGCCUCGUUUGGCCUACAAAUAGCUUGAUCGACGCUGCAUCUUUUCUACCAGCCUUGAAUAUUCCUCACGCUCACCUAUUUUAUUUGAUCUGAACUCCCCCACCAGCUCCACCCUUAUCAUGGCUUCUUCUAUCUUUCCAAAAAGUAUAGCCCUCGAAAUCGCCAUCGACCACCGAAUUCGGAGGUUGUUCAGGCCAGUACCACACUCAGGAAAAGGGUCGAGUCGUGGCUUCCAUGUUCACCUCAUCGAGGCUUUUGGGCAUGACCUUGGGCUGGACGAUGACGAGAUACAAGUAACCGCGAAGUUGGCGGGCCCAUUCUCUACUGGAGGGAUUGCCAUCGUGCUGCAACAACCACGAGGUAACCAUCCUUUCAAGGAUGGUAUUCACGCGGUAAUCGAUGACUGUGACACUUUUAUGGCCUUGGAGGAGUCAUUUGCAGCAGCCUCUUGUGAUUCCCUUAACAUAAUUGAUGACGUCGCAGUAGUCGACCUGCUUCCAUACAUUCCCAAGGAAGAACUGAAGGAAAUAGAAGAAACGGACGAAACGGACAAUCGAGUGAUACGAGAUGCUUUUCAGACUACUAUCGACUUUCUCGUCCACAAGAGGCCUUCUGCAGUCUUUUGCGCAGGAUAUAUCGGCGGCUGUUUACCAAAGGGCGAGGCGCGGGAAGUCGAAAGCUCAGGAAUCGGUAACACUUUUCACAACCCCUUCGCAACACUUCGGGCUGAGAGUCAGGGGAUAGUGAAAUUGGACCGAGUUAAUGGAUUUCAUCCUAGCUCUGCCAUGAACUAUAAUCCUGAACACAGCUGCUUGAGACAGCUGUUCUUGCUUGAAGUUGCACAUACGUGUGCAGUGCAUAGGGGAGACUGGAAGGAGGAAACCUGGAUGAGUGGGUUUCGGACCUUGUGUAAAGAGGAAUUUAGCGGGAGAAUUGCGCUAAUAUGGAACAGAAAGUACAUACCCGACUAUAGUGUUCUUUAUUCUGAGAGAAUAGAACGCAUCAGUACAGCUAUUAGGGCUUUUGACGCCAGGUCAUCAGGCGCCUUUGAUGGGCUCUAUAAUACUCUUGUCGAGAGUCGUCUAAGUGAGAACUGCAACGACGCAAACCUCAUACUGCGACAGUUGUCUGAGCUAGUGGCCAACGGUUGGCCACAACAGUAUGCGGAUAAAAACAAAAAUAGCCUAACUGACAUCGCACUACAUACACAGUGGCUAGCCCUUAAUGCUCGGGAAACUGAUGGCUGGUAUCAGAACGCAAACCUAAGGAGUACCAUUUCGACCGGGAUUAAAUCACUUGGCCAAUGCAUCUACAUUCCACGUCACCAGAAUAUGCGCUUAAAUCUCGUUAAAGCAAGCGAUGUGUUUCUUGGGAUAGCAAAUGCACUUGAAAGUUUCCUUUGGAACCUCGUCCAAGGGAAAACUAAUGAACAAUUCCACAACAAGGAAGGAGGUAGUAUACAGGAGGCUAUUAUUAUCCCAGACUAAUCUAGGCAUAAUAAUAGGUAUAAAGCUUUAAGACCUUUAAUUUAAAGCCUUUAUAUACCUAGCCUCUUUAAAUCUCUAACUUUACUAACUUAUUAUAAAAGUAAUUUAAAUAAAAAAUAUAUAUUAAUUAUAUUAUAUAAAAAAGGAUUAACGUAUACGAUAAGCGAGCGAGACAGACAAGCGAGCGAGACAGUAUACUGUACAGCAAAAAGUAG